AUGGGGCUGCGCAGUGGGGGCAGGGACGGAGGAAGGGAGCAAGCAACGAAGGUGAGGGCAUGGGCAGUGGCAGGAGAGGAGGAGAAGGAUGAGAAGGUGAGGGAAUGGGCAGUGGCAGAAGGGGAAGAGAAGGACGAGAAGGAGAAGGCGGGAGGGUGUGAAUUUGUAGCAGCAGACACUGAAGGGAAGAAUGAGCAGGUGAGGGAAUGGGCAUUGGCAGAAGGGGAAGAGAAGGACGAGAAGGAGGAGGCGGGAGUGUGCGAAUUAGUAGCAGCAGGCACUGAAGGGAUGAAUGAAAAGGUGAAGGAAUGGGCAGCCACAGAAGGGGAAGGGAAGAAUGCGAGGGAGGGGACCUGGGCGUGCGUACCAGCAGCCGCGGAAGCAGAAGAGAAGGACGAGCAGGUGGGGGCAGGAGUGAGCGAAAUUGCAGCAGGAGAAGUAGAAGAGAGGGACGUAGAGGCGGGGGCAAGGCCGUGUGUACCAGCGACAGCAGAUGCGGAAGGGAAGGGCGAGAAGGGGGGAGCGGUGAAGAAAGGAGGGAAGAAGGAGCUGAGCAGUACAGACAUGGGAGGGAGUGGUUGGCAGCCAGCGCUAAGGACAGCGGAGUUGUUCGGGGAAAUCAGGGCAGGGGCAAAGACUGGCGUGACAAUGAAGGAUCGGAUGCAAGCAGAGGAGCAAGCGCAGGGAAACAAGCUGGCGGAGCAGCAUGUGAGUAAGCUGCGGGAAGGAAGGCCAGAGCUGCUGGGGGGAGCAGAGCAGGAGAGUGAGGAAGUGGGGGCAGGGGAGCCCCUAGCAACAGGGGAAAAGGCAGACCAUGCAAUGGAAGAAGCGGAGAACCGGGCGGCAUGGGAGCAAGCUAAGGCAGCGGAACACUUGGAGGAGGUGAUACCGGUAUCGGUGGAGGACCUACAUACCGUGCAGUUGAGGGAUGCGUGCAGCCGUGAGCAGUGGCAGCAGCAGGAAGGCAAGGGGAUAAGGGCGGCUAGAGAGGCAGGGGAGAAACGCAAGGAAGAAAUCAUUCUAGAAACCUCAUCCCAGCAGCAAACUCUCCCGGGAACCAACCAGCAGCAGCAGCCCAUACCCUUCCCUGCCCACCCCACCUCCUCCUCCCCGGACAACCCCGCGUCUCCUGUGGCCAAUCCUGAGCUGCCACGUGUCCAGGCUGAGCUGGAGCGGGAGCGGGCGGCAGGAAGGCUGGAUGCGUGGGGGAGGUAUCUGCUGGGAGUGGUGUUGUCGCAGAGGGGGAGAGAGGGGGAGGCGCGGGUGGCUCUGUGUGAGAGUGUGCGGGAAUACCCUUGGAACUGGGCUGCGUGGCAGCAAAUAGAGGCCCUCUGUCUCGACCACGACACCUACCUCUCGCUCCUCCCCUCCCUCCCUGCCCACUGGAUGACUCUAUUCGCCCUCUCCUCCCUCCUCCUCUCCCUCCACCGCAACUCCGAAGCCCUCUCCCUCUGCCUGCACCUCGCCUCCCCCCCUUCCUCCUCCUCCUCCGCCUCCUCCUCCUUCUCUCACUCCCUCUCUCACUCAUCGCAGCAAGCAGAGGGGGAGCAGGGGGAAAGGAGGCGAAUGGCGGAUGGGGAAGGAGGGGGAACUGCAGCAGCAGCAGCAGCAGCAGCAGCAGGGGGAGCAGGAGAGACAACAACAGGAGGAACUGGCAAAGCGGCGGGGAAAGGAGGGGGCUUUCCACAGAGCACGUGGGUGGCAGCAGCAACAGCAACGGCGCACUACAACCUGAGGGACUUUGACUCGGCAGAGGCUGUGUUCGCAGAGUUGACUGGCGUUGACCCGUACAGACUAGAGGCCAUGGACACGUUUUCAAAUAUUCUCUACGUGAAGGAGGACUUUGCUGGGCUCUCCCACCUGGCGCACCGGGUGACAAAAAUUGACAAGUACCGGCCAGAGACGUGCUGCAUCGUCGGAAACUAUUUCUCCCUAAAGGGCCGCCACGAGCGAGCCGUGGCCUACUUCCGCCGAGCCCUCCGCCUCGACCGCUGCUACCUGUCAGCGUGGACGCUGAUGGGGCACGAGUAUGUGGAGAUGAAGAACAGUGCCGGGGCGAUUCAAGCGUACAGGCGGGCGGUGGAUAUCAACCCGAGGGAUUAUAGGGCGUGGUACGGGCUCGGGCAGACGUAUGAGAUUCUCGCCAUGCCCUACUACGCCCUCUACUACUACCGUAAAGCAGCCUCCCUGCGCCCCCACGACUCACGCAUGUGGUGUGCCAUGGGGCAGUGCUACGAGGCACAGCAGCUGCAGCAGCCGGAAGCCGCCAUCCGCUGCUACCGCCGUGCCGUCGCCAGCAACGAGAGCGAGGGCCUGGCACUGCACAAGCUGUCAAAGCUGUAUGAGGGGCUGGGGCAGAUGAGGCAAGCUGCUCAUUUCUACAAGCGCAAUCUGGAUCGAAUGGACUCGGAGCAGGUGGAGGGGCCGGAGCUAGUUGAGGCGCUGCUCUUCCUGGCCACACACCACCGCUCUGAAGGAAGUCUUGCGGAGGCAGAACGAUACUCCACGCGUCUCCUCGACUUCGGUGGACCGGCGAAGGAGGAUGCCAAGGCUCUACUACGGGAGCUUCGGAGCGUGCACCAGCACGAGCAUCAGCACCGCCCGCAUGGCAUGGGGCCAUUGUCGUCCUUGGGAUUGGAGAGUGGGGGUGAGGAUGAGGAUGGGAAUGGUGAUAGUGAUGAUGACGAAGAUAUGGACUUUGAGGGUAGUUUCUAG